CUGUGAGGUUGAAAAAAGUGAAAGGGUGCCCCUUUACCAAUUUUUUAUCGUUUUACCUCCAGCGUGGCACUAAAUGCAACUAUAUGGAAUCUUACGUCAUCUAAUUGGAAUAAAAUUUGUCAACAAUCCAGUCUUCAAGAGCUUCCCCAGUGUUUUAAAGCGUAAAAUAUCAGUGGUUUCAUAUCUAAGUGAAAAAUACGACCAAAAGAAAGAUUGGGGCAAGAACAAACAACACAGAAGCGUCAAGUUGAAGUGGAUUUUCGACACAAUGGGUGAUCCACAGAUCGAACAGAUUCUGGCUCCUUUAAGGGCAAAUGUAAAAGAACAGGGUGACUUAGUUCGUAAACUGAAAGCUGAUGGAGCCCCAGAUCUUGAUGUUAAAAAAGCAGUUGCCGAGCUCAAAGCCCGUAAAAAAAUCCUAGAAGAUAAAGAACUAGCCUUAGCCCCAAAUGCUACUUUUGAUAGAUCUAAAAUGGAAGAUUUACUUAAAAGAAGAUUUUUUUUCGACCAAUCUUUUGCCAUUUACGGAGGAAUAACAGGACAAUUUGAUUUUGGGCCUAUGGGCUGUGCCUUUAAGUCAAACCUGUUGCAAGCAUGGAGGCAAUUCUUUGUGCUAGAAGAGCAAAUGUUGGAAGUUGAUUGCUCAAUAUUAACACCGGAACCUGUUUUGAAAGCUUCUGGACAUGUGGAUAGAUUUGCUGAUUUGAUGGUUAAAGAUAUUAAAACUGGAGAAUGUUUUAGGUUGGAUCAUUUUAUUAAAGCUCAUUUGGAGAAAAUUGCAGCCGACAAAAAAACUAGUGCUGAAACUAAAGAGGAAUGUGCGGAUAUUGUUAUUAAGUUGGAUGGUAUGACCAAAGCCGAAAUGGCUGCUGUAAUGAAAAAAUUCAACAUGAAAAGUCCUCUAACAGGAAACGAUUUAACUGACCCAAUCGAAUUCAACUUAAUGUUUGGUACGCAAAUCGGACCUUCAGGGUUAAUCAAAGGUUUCCUUCGUCCAGAAACCGCUCAAGGAAUUUUUGUCAAUUUCAAGAGACUUUUAGAAUUCAACCAGGGCAAACUCCCAUUUGCCGCAGCCCAAAUCGGUAAUGCAUUCCGUAAUGAAAUUUCUCCUAGAUCUGGCCUGAUACGAGUACGAGAGUUUACCAUGGCGGAAAUUGAGCAUUUUUGUGACCCCAAUGACAAAAACCACCCAAAGUUUGACAAAAUCAAAAACGUAGAACUUCUUAUGUAUUCAGCUUGUAAUCAAAUGGACGGUAAAGCUGCCGAAAGGAAAUCCAUAGGAGAAGCAGUUGCAAGUGGUUUGGUGGCAAACGAAACGUUGGGUUACUUCAUGGCAAGAAUUCAACAAUUUUUAGUAAAAUGUGGUGUAGACCCUCCAAGAUUAAGAUUCAGACAGCAUAUGUCAAAUGAAAUGGCUCAUUACGCUUGUGAUUGUUGGGAUGCUGAAUGUUUAACAAGUUAUGGUUGGGUUGAAUGUGUUGGUUGUGCUGAUAGGUCAGCCUACGACUUGACUCAACACACUCAGGCAACAGGAGUGAGGUUAGCAGCAGAGAAAAAAUUAGAAAACCCCAAAAUUAUCGAUGUAGUAGAAGCAGCCCCAAAUAAAGGAACUCUUGGAAAAUACUUUAAAAAAGAUGCCAAAACUAUUACUGAUGCUUUGGCGGCUUUGAGUUUGAAUGAAGUUGCAGCUUUAGAAAAAGAUUUAGAGGGUGAUGGGUAUGAACUUGAAGUUGGUGGGCAAAAAUUCACUGUAACAAAAGAGCAUGUUGCAGUGAAACGUUAUCAAAAAACUAUGCAUGUUGAAGAAAUUAUUCCUAGUGUAAUUGAACCAUCUUUUGGUGUAGGAAGAGUCAUGUAUGCUAUUUUUGAGCACAAUUUCAAACAAAGAGAAAAUGACGAACAAAGAACUUAUUUGUCAUUGCCAGCUACUGUUGCUCCUCUAAAAUGCAGCAUUUUACCUUUGAGUGGAAAUACUGAGUUUAUACCCUUUAUUAGAGAAUUAUCCGCUGAACUAACUAAAGUAGAUGUAUCUCAUAAAAUAGAUGACAGCUCAGGCUCCAUUGGUCGUAGAUACGCUCGUACAGAUGAAAUAGCUAUUCCAUAUGGUAUAACUAUUGAUUUUGAUACCUUAAAAGAACCCCACAGUAUCACUUUACGUGAAAGAGAUUCAAUGGCUCAAGUCAGAAUACCUCUAAGCGAUAUUGCCACAGUUCUUCACAAUUUGUCUUACAGUAAGCAAAGUUGGAUGGACAUUGAAAGCAAAUAUCCCAAGUUCGAACAGCAGGAGAGUAAAGGAAAUUAAUUAAGAUCUAAAUGGCAUUUUUUUUUUAAUUUCAAAGCAUUUAAAUUAUGUUAAGAGAUAAUUAACCCUAAUCACUUAGCUUUGUAUUAAUAUUUAUGAAAAUAAAUGAAAAGAAACUUAAUUGUUUAGCAAUUCCUAGACAAGUCAUUUCAAAAAUUCAUAAACAUAUUUCUAUAAUGUGUCUAUUGAAAACUGUAUGAGAAGAGCAAGUCACCUGAAAUCUGGUAAAACAGAAAUUUAAGGGAGGAAAGAAGUUAGCUUUAGAGACUUUUACAAUUUAGAAAAGACAAGUGAUAUGAUUUUGCAACAGUAUACAAAGCCCAAUAAUAAGCAAUACAUAAAAACUAUAGCUUCAGCAAAAAUAUUCAAAGGCCUAAAGAAAUAUGCAUCAUUGUACUAUGCAAUCUAAGUAUGUAGUUUUGAUGGCUGAUGAGGGCAUAUUGUUUACACUGCACACAGCUGAGAGAAUCUAUGGAAUCCUGAGAGAUGAUGUUUGCUUAAAGCUUUUGUGUGCGGCUUUUUUUAUCUAAAACAACUUGGUGACUUUAUCUAUUCAUUGAUGAAGAAAAAAUCGAAGAGAUGAAUAUUAUAGGUAGGUAAUACAAUAAUAUUUUAUUGUUUAAUAUUAUGUAGGUAUAGCAAAUGUUAGAAAUUAUCCAUCCAAAGUCGUGGUGUAUCCACCCUUCUCAAUAUUCGAAAAAAUCAUUUCGAUUUCGUGUAAUAAUUCACGUUUUACUGCGUCAGGAACGAGAGCCCUCGCCUUCGGAGUUAUAACUUCAAUCAGAUGGUCCACAGAGGGGACAUUCUGGUUAUUUUCAGUUAUAGCUUCGCGACAAGCUAGUUUCACUCGGUCCUUCCAACCGCUCUCAAUGAGACG